UGAUUGAAUGAUUUAUCUGUGAGUGAGAUAAUGAUGUAAAAAAUACUUUGCACGUUUGUAAAACAGAAAAAUGAUGAACUCCAUUGAAUUAUGGACUUUAAGAUAGGACUCACAUCUUACACUUUCUUAACUGCAUAUGCCAGGUCCUACUAAAUACUUAUUUGAAUUUUUUUCUCCAGGAGCUGAUGCUCAAUAAUUAUCCUGUGUUUUCUAAUCCAGUCCAAAGGAAGAAAUAAGUGAUGCAGCAUAACUGGUUGAAGAGAGAAAGGCUGGAAAGUCAUGACAAGGAUUCAGAGCUGAGCUUGGUGUCAUGGAUAUGAAGAGACCACAGUAUGAAUGCAUGAAUAGAAGAAGAAAAUUUCUCCUUGCCUCAGUACUUGCUCUGCAGAAUUCAACUUUUAUAUAUCCAUCAUGUCCAAAGUGCUUCUCUCGAAUAAUCCUAGCUUCCAAGAGGUCCAAGUGUCCAAAGUGUGGUUUUACUGGUAAAGCUGAAAAUGCUAAUUACAGAUAUAAACUUUCCCUAAAAGUUACAGAAUCAAACAAAUUAUUUAUCAUUACUGUAUUUGGAAGCUGCUUAGAUACAUUUUUUGGGCUUACUGCUACUGAUUUGCACAGGUAUAUUCAGGAUCCUAGUAGAAUACCGGAAAUAUUGGACAGCAACGCAACACAAAACCUAUUAACUAAAGCAGUUGAAACUUGCUUUGUUGGACAAAGACUUAUUUUCGGAGUGACGAAUUUUGGAACCCAACUUCCAGAUUCCAGUAACUCUCUGCAGCAGUGCUGUGAUCACAAAAGAGAAGCUAAAGAACUUGUAGCUUGCCAGGUUGUUCUACCAGACCCACUUGUGGCAGGGUUUACUGUCAUUGACUACUUUCAUCAGCUUUUGCAGACUUUGAAUUUCAGGAAACUUCAUGGUAUCUCCCAAUCACCUAACAGCGACUUUUUAACUUUGGAUCAAUCAGAUAGUCAGUUCAGCAGCAUACAUGGUUCUGACAGCACUUGCUUUUUCAGAUCCUGUGACAAAGAAAAGCUUUUAAGAUUCUGGCCGCUAUCACUUGAACUCACUUCCAUUGGUUCACCACAAACAGAUGGUAAUGAUCUUUCAGCUUUAGAACAAAGCAGAGUUGUUGGCACUCUUCACCAGAAUGAAAACUGUUUGUCUUCUGCAGAGGCCACAGAUUCCAAAAGCUGCCAUGAUCCCAGUCAGGGUUCAUGGAGCCUUGUUUCACAUAUGGAAAAAAAUGAUAUAGCAGAAAAGUUGGAUGUCAAAUAUGGCUUCCAAACUGAUCAGUUGAGUGGAUUACACAGCAGCCGUCAUGAUAUUGGACUUACUGACUCUAAUUUAUUCUCUUUGAACUUGGAGGAGCCUCCAAAGUCAAAUGAUAGAGAAUCCGUCCACAGUGUAAUACAGAUAAAAAACACUUACACCGAGUAUGAAAUACCAUGUUACCAACAUCAUAAUCCUGAUACCCCCAUUAACCUUCAAGAGAAAUCUGUGUAUUCACUAUCACCUUUUAAACUUGAAGAGACAGCUAGUGAUUCCCAGAAUUCUGACUCCGAGAUUUGGGAUAAUCUGCCACUUUCCGAAAGCCUGAACAAAUUUUUAGCAAUUGUUGAAAGUGAGACUGCUGUAACCCAGACAGAUGCCUCUCUUAGGAAACAUAAUGCAGAUGGCAUCAAUGAAUUACAUGCAGACCACAGCAGGUUGUCCGGAGUGCCUCAAAGAAGUACUGAAGACUUGCACACACCACCUAUAGCUUUAAGAUCGUCACAAGCAGCAGUCAUCACAAACUCUAGCCAAGGAAACUUCCUUUCCAACUGUGAAGCAGAUCCAAGUUCUAAUGCUCAAAAGCAGUCACAACCAGAUAGCACCACAGAAGCAGUUUCUAUAACCAGUUUUGGAAGAAAUACUUCACGUUUUUUUCUACAAAAUACUUACCAGUCAGGUUUUCUUUCUGCAAAAGAUUCAGAAACAACAGUUAAGAAGACUCGUGGGGAUGAAAUGUUAUGUAGGCCCAAUACUUCAGAGAGUGAGCAUUCUUAUCUAAGUAUCAAAUAUUUUAAUGGAUAUGAAGGAAAGUCAGUUUCAGAAAUGAAUGAGAAGUUGACAGCAUUGUGUUCUAGGAAGUAUUAUGAUGUUUCUGAUCUUUGCAAAGUAGAUCAUAAACAAUCUUAUAGGUGGCCAGAAAAUGAAGGUGACAGUUUUACAGUAUGUAGGAAACUUACAUAUUCUUUAGAAAUUCCUUGCAGUAGUCCAGAUACAAGUACACAUACACUAAAAGAUAUCCCUUAUGGACAUACCAGUGAUGACUUAUCACAGAGCUGUUCUGCUGGCCAUGAAGGUGUCUACAACACUUCUGCUGAGCUCUUUGAUGAUAUCGAUAAAGAAAUAAAUGUUACAGUGAAAAUUAUCAAAAAUUCACAGGAUGUUUUAUUGCAUUUGGGAACAUCUUUGGCAGAAAGUCUUCAAGUAGAGCCUGAUUUUUCAGUGAAGGCACUUUCUGAAAGCUCCAGCCAACCUUCACAGAAAUUAUCCAUGCAAAAUGCAUCUGCCUGCAGGCAUCCAAGAACAUUCUCCCCUCCACCUGACUGCCAGUCAGACUCAGAAAAGGAUUUUGAAGACAGUCAAGACUUUGUUCCAUGUUCACAGUCAACUCCAGUUGCAGGGUUUCAAGGAACAAGAAUUUAUGGAAUAAGGAAAGCUUUCCAAAAAAUUCCAGCUUUUUAUUCAGAUCUUGAUGCUAACACGGGAAAAACUAGAAUUUCUUUUAAAAAUGACAAGCUGAAAGCCACCCCAGGCAGUCCACAAAAUAUAAAAACAACCAUCCAGAAAUCCAGAAACCCUGUUACACCUAGUAUUGCACAACCAGAGGUUUUUAACCACUGUCCUAUUGCUGAGAGCCCUGAAACUGAUAGUGAUGAAUGGGUCCCCCCUACCACAAAAAAAGUAUUUGUUUCUGACAUGCUUGGAUUCCAAGUCAGGAGUCUACAGAAAAGCUUUGCUGCACAGAAUUCCCCUGAUCAAAGAGAAUUACCAAGAAAGAAAACUAAAUAUGCCAAAGAAAGAACUGAUGAGUGUUUAAUUAAGAAGUUAAAUUUAAAGAAUAUGUUUACAGCAGUUACAAAACAGACAACUCCUAAAUAUAACUGUAAAACUUCAGACCAGAUCUCCAAAGAAUUAAGUCUUGGGCUUAAUUCUUCUUCAGAAGUCAAACAUUACUAUCCAUUUUCAGAAAAUUGCCUGUCUUCUGCACCUGAAAAUAAAUAUGCUUGGUCUCCUGAAUUAUUUUCAUAAAAGAUCUCCUGAACUCAGUAUCUUAACUUAAGUGAAGAUAAAUCUUCCAGAAACUUGCCUCUAGUGGCAUGGAAAGCAUCCUUUGCAUUUUGAAUACUUGAGGAAAA